AGUUCACGCUGGGAACAUGUAUUGACAAAUUUAAGGUGUACCCCCAUCACACUGCCUGUCUGUCGCGGUCCCCGGAUUCCAGUCCAGGGGUUGUGAGACCACAGGAUGCAGUAGCCGCCCACAAUAAAUACCGAGGAAUAGCCGCCGCCAAAAACGGCGCUCUCAACAUGAUGACCAUGGUCUGGGACCCGGAAGUGGCUACAGUAGCCCGGAAAUGGGCGGAAAACUGUAAAACGGUACACGACGGAAACAGAGAGCGGUUCAUCCCAGGUCGCUUUACGUUGGGACAGAAUCUGGCAUACAACCAUUUUGGUUCCAUGACAUGGGACGAUGUCGUUAAGUUGUGGUACGACGAGGAACCGGAUUUUACGUACGGGGGAAACAGUAACGAUUACAUGAAGGUCGGACAUUAUACACAGUUGGUGUGGGCGGAGUCCUACAUUCUCGGCUGUGGCUACAGUAACUGCAGUGGUACUCAUUUCUACGUCUGUAACUACGGCCCAGCAGGAAAUAGUCCAUCAUCAAGAUUAGGUACACCCUACGAGAAACACGGACCUCCCUGUAAAAGCAGCGAUAGUCAAGGGCUGUGUGUUUGUCCCGGGACAACGACUUGCGAGGGAAAUGCCAAGAAGAACCAUACCACCUGCGCAUGCUCAUGUCCUAGUACUAAUGUUUAUUCAGGAAAUAAAUGCGAACUGACCUGUAGCGGUCAACAGGACCCUUCCUUCUGUAGUUUAUCCUAUAAGAAGGAUCAGUGCCUAAGACUGAGUAACGUGGCGUUCGAUUGUCCUUUCCUGUGUAACGUCUGUCCCUACGCUGAAAAAACUUACACUGAAGGCAGCACAAAACUACAAUGUGUUAAAAGUGGAGGCUGUACAAGUUUGAACGGCGGAUCUAACAGUGGCGGUACAGGGAACAACGGAAGUGGAUUGAAGGGGAAAGGUUCAAAAGGAAAUACUGGAAUACGAAGUGAAGCGCUUUGUUCAGUUGUACUUUUUAUCGCAUUACUUUCAUUUAUUCUUUGAUAAAUUGAUUUGUUUUUUCAUAAUAACGGUAGA